AUGACCUUAGUAUCCUCCAGUAAAAGAAAACCAUCGGAUUGCUUUUACGCGGCAGCAUUCUGCUUGCAUUUUUUGCUUUGGUUUUCGUGUGCCGUGUCCGGAGAGGAGGAUCGUCAGUUCAGCGUUGAGGGAUGGCUACAGAGGUAUGGCUACCUUCCCCGCACAGAACCAGGAAUGUCUGUCCUGCGCUCGGCCCACACCAUGCACUCAGCCAUUGCUGCCAUGCAACGUGUCUAUGGUCUCAAUGUCACAGGGACACUGGAUGAGAAAACCAAGGAUGAUAUCACGCUGAGUUGGAUGCAGAAACCUCGCUGUGGAGUUCCGGACAAAUUUAAAAGUGCUUCGAGGUCACGGAAGCGGAGAUACGCGCUGACAGGACAGAAGUGGCAGCGUACACACAUCACCUACAGCAUAAAAAAUGUCACGCCAAAGGUGGGUGCCCGGGAGACUCACGAUGCCAUCCGGCGGGCAUUUGACGUGUGGCAGGGUGUGACUCCCCUACGCUUUGAGGCUGUUCCAUACAGCGCCCUGGAAACUGGCAGGCGUGAUGUGGACAUCACCAUCAUCUUCGCCUCGGGUUUUCACGGCGACAGCUCACCCUUCGACGGGGAGGGGGGAUUCCUUGCCCACGCCUAUUUCCCGGGCCCAGGCAUAGGAGGGGACACACACUUUGACUCAGAUGAGCCCUGGACCCUGGGGAACCCCAACCAUGAUGGUAACGACCUGUUCUUGGUUGCGGUGCAUGAGCUGGGCCACGCCCUUGGUCUGGAACACUCCAAUGACCCCACGGCUAUCAUGGCUCCUUUCUACCAGUACAUGGACACAGAGAACUUCAAACUACCUCACGAUGACCUACAGGGCAUCCAGAAAAUCUAUGGUCCACCAGACAGAGCACCGCAGCCUACCAGGCCCCCACCCACGGCUCCUCCUCCUCGCUUUCACCCUCCCUCAGACCCCCGUAAGCAUGACCGCCAUGCCAGACCCCAUCGCCCUCCACAGGGGGCCAAGCCCUCCAAUCCCAACUCCAAACCCAACAUCUGUGAUGGAGGUUUCAACACCCUGGCCAUCCUCCGGCAGGAGCUUUUUGUGUUCAAGGACCAGUGGUUUUGGAGGGUACGGGACAACUCAGUUGUUCCUGGUUACCCCAUGCAGAUCAACUAUUUCUGGAAAGGCUUGCCUCCCAAAAUUGAUGCCGUGUAUGAAAAUAGCGAAGGGAAGUUUGUCUUUUUCAAAGGAAACCGUUUCUGGGUCUUCAAGGACACAACUCUCCAGCCUUCGUACCCUCAGGACAUCUCUCUGUUCGGGAGUGGCAUGCCCACUCAGAGCAUCGAGACAGCUGUCUGGUGGGAGGAUGUCGCCAAAACCUACUUCUUCAAAGGAGACAGAUACUGGAGGUACAAUGAGGACAUGAGGACAAUGGAUCCAGGUUAUCCCAAACCCAUCACCAUCUGGAAGGGCAUCCCUGACUCUCCACAGGGAGCUUUCGUAGAUAAGGCCAACGGCUUUACCUACUUUUACAAGGAAAAGGAGUACUGGAAGUUCAACAACCAGCUGCUUCGUGUGGAGCCUGGCUACCCGAGGUCCAUCCUGAGGGACUUCAUGGGCUGUGACGGUCUACCUGCCGACCCCGACUGGGACUGGAGCCCCCCAGUGGCGGAGGAACGCCACUACGACAAUGGCGAUGUGGACGUCGUCAUUAAACUGGACAGCGCGGGGGGUACAGAGAAAGCAGUGGCCAUCGCUAUCCCCUGUGUCCUGGCGCUGUGCAUGAUGGUCCUCCUUUACACUGUUUUCCAGUUCAGGAGGAAGAGCACACAGCGCCACAUACUGUACUGCAAGCGCUCCAUGCAGGAGUGGGUCUGAGGGACUGUUAUUGCGCUGUAUAGAGAGGGGUGUGAAGCUCUGAUAAAGGUCUAGUUAUUACUUGAAGCCCUAAGUACAGUUAUUAAAAGCACUGUAAAGGGUACAGUACAUAAGGAUUGCCAUGUUGGCAGAUUUGAAAACUGCUUGAGCUUGUAAUGUGCAAGCUGCAAGGAAGCGAAACGAUCAGCAGAAUUCAACUGAAGACAGUGAGGGAGCAACAUCUCCUAUGUCCAACUAAUAUGUAUGUAUCUGCUUUGACUUUUUUCUCUUGGAAUGAACUCAAUUAAGUGAGACAGAGUUAAGCUACUGUAAGUGGGACCUUUGUCUAUCCUCGUCUCUGCACGCCGCUUAAAAUGCCCCUAGCACUAACUUCAGUGGACAAAUUAGAUAUAGGCUUCUACUUUACUUUAAUUUCUUAAUUAAAUCGCCCUGAGCUGUGCUUUUUUUUAAAUUUAGGGUCCCUGUAAAAGAUUAUUCAUUGUGUGGAGGACUGAAACACAAACCAAAUAUGACCUUUUCUUCCAAAGAGGAUUACUGCUCGGUGUUGUUUUUGCUGGGAUAUUUUUCCUCCAUGGAUCGAACAUUGUGACAUCAUACUCAGAUUUUCUUUUGCCAUUGGUAUUCACAUCCACUCGUCUGCUCUGUAAUCUGUGGGGAUAGUAAGAGCUAGGAAUUCAAGACUGUGGUGGCAGUCUAUCUCCAAAAUAGGGGCCAAAAACCUCUCUGCAAUAUUUAUGAGACUGCCUUAAUCACAGAUUGCUUAAACUCCCUUCUCUUUCUCUCUGUUUCUCUGGUCUGAAGGCUUGAUACUGAGUGACACAGUAGGAAUACGAACAGUGUAUGAAGGCAUUAAUUACUGUCCAUGAUGCAAUUUCAAAAAGUAGUUAAGGACAGUUUGAUCCACAGUGGGUUCAUUGCACUUGAAAAUGUGCUAAGCUGUGCUAAAUACCUGACGGCAAGUAGGCUAUAUCACUUUUAUGUACUGCCUCAUGAGGCAGAAAGGGAAGGUUAGUUGUGUAUGUGUGUGUGUGUGUGUGUGUGUGUUGUGUGUGUGUGUGUGUGUGUGUGUGUGUGUGUGUGUGUAUGUGUGUGUGUGUGUGUGUGUAUUUGUGUGUGUGUGUGUGAAAGAGACAGUAAUUACCCACACUAUAUAUGUACUGUGCUGUGAACAUCUUUUUCCCUUUUUUUCCCCUGCCAAGUUUGGACACUAAUACUCCAGACAGUGUCAGUCCAUACAUCUGAAACAGCCAUAUUUUGUUUUAUUUUUACUUUUAUUUUAUUUUAUCUUUUAUACAAGGUUUGUAAGUUUACAUAAUAUUUCACACAGUACAGGACGCAGAUAAGAAGGGGAAAAAAGAGAAAGGUGGAGAAAAAAACUACAUCUACCCAUUUUUUAAAAUGAGACACAUACAGUAUUUCUCUUUUUUUUUCUAGUCAUCACUGUAUCUCUAGUUACCACAGGCACAUCAACCUUGUAUCAGUCGCCAGUGCUUUUUGCCCAGAUUGCUCCAUCUUCUACUUUUUUUCUGUUUUUGAGGAAAUGCAAAUUGAUUCCAUUGUUGUAAAGAAGAAAGCAAGUUUCACACAAUAACAGGAAUUAAUAUGCAACAGUAAAAAAAAAAAAAAAAAAAAAAAAAAAUCUGGAUGUCAGCUGCUUUUGCCUGUGUGUUCAAUAAUGGAACCAGGUUGUUUAAUGCACUGUUAUUGUAAUGAUCCAUUAUCCAUAAACUAUACGUAUGUUAUAUUAACAAAUUACUAAUAAAUGUAUAUAGAACUGCUCUAACAUUGUGGGAAUUAACAGGCAAAUCAGAAGACCAAAACCAGCUAAAUUAAGUCUGAUGUCACAUAUAUAUCAUGAUCUGAGAUAUUACAUAAUAUGUAUGACAUCAUGCAUAAACCAUAAUAUGUUUCAAAUAGUUUAAUCAGAUAAAUAUGAGUAACAAUUAAAUGAUAUAAAGCAUACUCUCUCUGAGACGGAGCUAAACUGAGCAGGAGUUUUUUCUGUCCCUAAUGUAUUAUAAAUGCAAUACACAGCCUGGAUCCUGAUGAAAUAGAUUGUCUCGCAAUUGCCUUUGAUUGCUGCCAUACAUGUAACAAUGUGGUGUAGAGUUUGCCAGAUGACCUGUCUGUGAGAAUUCAUAAUGUGAUUUUUGUUUUUUAAAUAUUCGUGCUCCUUGAUUUUGUUACUCUUUUACUUGAAACGAUCAUCAACAUCAAAUGUACAGGAUAUCUGACAUAAUCUUCCGUUGAUAUCAAGGCAAGGCCAUUUUCUAACAGAAGGAAGUAGAGAUUUCAAAAUGUACUUAUCUGUGAAUUAUCUAAAGGAGGUUAAGUGGGUUGGGCCAUGAUUGAUGAGUUGAACCUUGAUUAGAUGUGGUUUUAUUUUGUCAUUAUCUGAAAACCUACAAAAAGGCAGUGCAUGCCGUUGUUAAACUAAGAUGUCAUUCUUUCAGAGUUGAUGAACAUUGAUUAUUUGGACGCUCUGUUAAGUCUUUCCCAUCAUGUUUAAAUUAAGUGGUCAGCAUUACAGGUUUCUGUUGGAUGCACUGACAGAUCCAAACUUUCAUGUUUUAUAAACCAUUUGGAAUCACUAACUUCCAGUCUCUGCUACCCAAUCCAUUUUCAGGCAGGAGUCAAUGUUUAGUACACAUUUUAAAUAAAAGAAAACAUCUUUGCUUUCUGAAAGCACUGCUGAAUUGAGGCACAUAUCAGCCCACAUUGAUCCAAGACCACUGUAAUUUAAGGUGGAGGCAAAAACCUUUGGCUCAGUGUUGUGUGUGAUGUCUUAUCAGUUUGUGUGUUUGUGGUAAGGGUCUGAUGGCUCCAGCGAGUGUGAAUUAAAGAUGGCCAGUGAGGCGAGUCGGUACUAUAUUUAUUGCUAUAUUUAUUCCUCUUUGCUCAGCACCUCAAAUCUUGCAUUGCAUUGUACUGAGAGAGAGAAGCUGUCAAUAAAGUGGGUUUGAAAUGCAAUGUUUUUUUUUCCUAGUCACUACCAAGUAAUUCUCCUCCGUCUGUUCCUGCUCGACAACAAACAAUUCAUCUGGUGUGAAUGUUUUUCUAUCUUUGAGAGGGAAAUCACAAGCUUGAAAGGGUUACAUAUUUACACUGGUGACAGUGACACUUAAAUCACUUGAAAUCCCUGACAUUUUUGAUGUGGGCUGAGUGUAAGCAGGAAGUCUCAAUGCUCUGACCUGUCCCUAUUUAUCUCCAGACUCUUCAGUCGUUUUCUUGUCUGCCUUGACACCCACUGCUAAGCAUCAUUUAUUAAAGGAGGUAGAUGAGGCCGAUUAGACAGCAGUCGUUACACCAGAGAGGCAAGGGUGCGGAAGAGACGAGGACUGCAAUCAUUGCAGUCGAGAUCUUAUACACAUGCAGUAUAUACUCUAAGGCAUAGUGUAUGAGAAGUAAUAAUAUGUACAUAAAGACAGAGUGUAUACUGUCUGCUUGGGAGAAUUUUGUUUUUAAUCCCUCCAUUCAAUGGAUAAAGAAAACGCUGUGUGUUGUAAAUAAAACA